AUGUUGUGUGUAUCAUUGCGAAUCGUAUCACGUCGAUGUUUAUCCAGCAAACCAACAACUUCAUCAUCAACGUCAACAGUAUUUCGACCUCGAUGUCAAGCUUUACCAUCGACAUGCUCAGUGCUUCAGUUCUCUUAUCAUACAUCGAAAUUAGUGCCAAAAUCCCCAUCACUCCUUCAGUUUAGGAGUUUAUCAUCUGCCGAGAAAAUCUUUGGAUUGGAUCAAGAUAUCAUGAAUAUCCCAAAUCUGCCACCGGUCCCUUUACCGCCUGAACCGUCAUUAUCAGUUGAAGAGUUAGUAGCAUCAGGUCAAAGUGUUUUGCAUGAACUGGGAUUGAUCAGUUGGUGGAAACCAUCUGGAUAUUUUCGAAUGGCGCUGGAAGCAGUUCACAAUCAUCUCGAUUUGCCUUGGUGGGCCACCAUUAUGUGUGCAACACUAUGCCUACGACUAGCGAUGAUUUUCGUACCGAUUAUGUCACAGAAACUUGUUGCAAAGCAGAGUAUGUAUAAGAAAGAGUUGGAUGAGUUUAGAGACAGAAUUAUGGAGGCCAAAAAGGAAGGAAACAAUUUACUACAGCAACAAAUCUUCCUUGAACAACGUGACUUCUUGAAGUCGAAAGAUAUUCGUUUAGGGCGACAAUUUCUGAUAAUCCUCGCAAACGGCGGUGUGUUUGCUACUCAGUUCUUUGCGAUUCGUAAAAUGGUCGAAGUGAAUUUCCCCGGUUGGAGUAAUGGCGGUGCGUUAUGGUUUACUGAUCUUACAAUGGCAGACCCUUAUUAUGCGUUGCCAUUGAUAUCAGCCGUUACUAUGGGUAUUGUUGCUAGGGUUGGUAUUGAAAUGGGAACGUCAGCUGAUCAAAUGGGCCCUGGAAUGAGACUUGGAAUGUUAUAUGGGUUACCGGUGUUCAUUUUCAUCGCGAGUUCACGUUUUGCAUCGGGUCUCUGUGUAUAUUGGUGCACAUCGAACUUUAUCUCGCUCAUUUAUUCAGCUGCAUUCAGACUGCCUUCUGUUCGGAAGGUAUUUAAAAUACCACCCGUCAUUCGACACGAAGUAGAACGGAAAGGAGAUUUGAAUGCGUUCACUUCUUUAUACCGAAACUAUAAAGAGCAAAAGGCUCGUCCACCAACAUUGGAGGAGCUGAGUAAAGAAGAUGUUCAACGAUUCAAGAAAGCCGGUCGAGCGAAACCAAUCGUAAGGCGGUGA